UAGUAGCCGUUUUAGAAAAUUCGCGCAUUGCUAGACUCACGAGAGUGGCAACUCUGUUGAUAACAAAAUUUUCUAUCUGCAAAUUAUUAAGUGGUUAUUAUUUUAAAAUAAAUAAAUCUUAAACGCCCCGAUAUUUUUAGAUAUUUUCUACAAAAUGAAAAAAGAUUUUGGCAUAAUCCCAAGUUCAAAAACACUAGUUCGUUGUAUAUUUUGUGGAGUGCAUUUACCGAAAGCGAAUAGAUGCAUCGAACAACAUACAAACGGGGCGAAACAUAAAGAAAACUUGAUGCUAAUGAGGGAAAAUGCGAUUUAUUUAUUAAAUGAGGAUUUGUACUGCAAGCCGUGCAAUCGAAUUGUAAACGAUAAUUUUUCUGUCCCCGGUCAUGUUGAAACGGAGAGUCAUAGUAACUGGAAAGUAGCAAUUGAAGAUCUAACCGAGGGUGAAUUUAUAAAAUUAGAACCGUAUUUAUCGUCGGAGAGGGAUGAUGUACAUUGUGAAGUAUGCAAUCUCGAUAUUGAUAGUAAUCUACACAUUAUUGAGAAACAUGUUAACAGUACAAAACAUAGAAAUAAUGUUGUAGAGCGAUUAAAACCCCUAAACGGACUCUUCCCCGUUGAAAACGACGAUGAAGUAUUUUGUAAAAUAUGCAAUAUGUACAUAGACAACACAACCCGCGCUGUUCUAGAACAUAUUGAUGAUGAUGAAGAACAUGUGGCUUGGUUGACAGAGAUAGAAGAUCUCAUUGAAGGCCAUGAUGUGAGUAUCGAACACUAUCUAGCCAACGACUUUGAAGUUAAUGCAUAUUGUAAAAAAUGUAAGAUGGAUAUCAUUUGUGAUGUAGAAAAUAUUGAGAGCCAUGUACACAGUGAAGAUCAUCUGAAUAAAUUUAUAUAAUAUUAGUUUAUUACUAUAUCAUCACACCAAAAUGAAAGUAGCAAAAUUUUCUUUGGGUUAUUUAGUUUUUAAAAUAAUCAAUUUAAAUAGGUAUUCUUUUAAAUGGCUUUAAUUACUUAAUUCAUAGUUACUAUUAUAGAUAUUUAGAAGUAUGUUAAAUAAUAUGCUUAUACCUAUAACCUAAUUUGUUUUAUAUAUAUAUAUAUAUAUAUAUAUUUACACUAUAUAUUACAUUCUGAUGCAGUGCUGUAUUAAUAUUUUUCUAAAAUAUAGGUCAUUUUUUGCUAGUACUCUUUUAAAAGGCAGGCUCGCUUUUAUUUAUUUAAAUGUUUGUGUGUGUAGGUAGGUAAGGUAUGUGUUGUAAAGUGAUUGUAUGUAUGAAAUACUAUGAAUGAAUUACUGAUUAAAUGAUGAAAGUCUAAAAUGAUAUAUUAAUAUUUUUUUUUACAAUAUGUUUACAAAAUCUGUUGCACCUUGUAUUUGCUACCCAUAGGCUGUGGCUUAUAUUGGUACUAUACCAAUGUGGGAUCCCUCAUUCUGGACUUACUAGCAAUUUCAAUUUCAUAGAUGAAUUCGCUUGCCACUUGUCUAGAGGGCUUGAUAUGUCAUUAUCUUUAAUUAUAUAAUUUUAAUUUGAUAUUCCAGUGAAAUUAGUAUACUAAAGACUAUGCUCUAAUAAUAGAUUAAUAUCAUUAUAAUUUUGUUUCUUUGUGUUGUAUAAUACAUAUAAAUAUGAAUUAAAUUUUUUAAACAUGUUCAGAGAACAAUAUUUCGGAAUUGACUCUGUUGUUUGAAGUAAUUACAUUUAUUUUUUACUUUAUUUUAGAAUAACUUUUGAUGCAAUAGGAUUGGGUUUAAAUCUAAAAGAUCAAAAAGAUAAGUCAAUUAAGUAAGUGCUUUUUCAUUCUAUGCUUGAGCAGUAUAUGCCAAUUUCGAUCCAAUUCAAUUGUCUCAAAAGUCAACUUGCUAUAAAGCCAAUAAACAUGCUUUACUACAGUUUAGUCAAUAAUAACAUUUUCUAUGAGACAAUAAAGAUUUUGCAUCUGCAGUCUGUCAAUAGAAACAAUGUUGUAUAAUUAUAAUAAGAGAUAUUUGUUAAGUGUAUUAUUUAUAUAAAUUUAAGCUGUUGUCUAUGUAUAUUUCUUAAAAAAAUGUUUAAAGCUGUAAUUAUUCAAUAUAAUAAUUAGGCAGUUUUUACAUGUAAAAUAUACUUAUAUAAAAAUUUGUGAAAUAUUUUUUUUUACUUAAUGUUUUCAGAUAUUAAGUAAAAGAGAAAGUAAUGUUACUUCAUUUUGCAAUGAUAUUUUACACAAUUUGGUUUUGUUUAUAAAUGAUUCACAGUAAUAAAAUUUCUGUUCUGUUA